GAUCUCUUGCUUCUUUCCUCUGCAGGCUGAUGCCAAGAUGGUCUGCGAUGUCGUAAGUCGGAUGGAGGACACAGAGCCCUUCUCUCCAGAGCUGCUGUCAGCUAUGAUGAGACUCUGGGCAGACUCUGGGAUCCAAGAAUGCUUCAACCGGUCCCGGGAAUACCAGCUUAACGACUCGGCCCAGUACUACCUAGACAGCUUAGAUCGAAUCGGAGCUGCAGACUACCAGCCCACGGAGCAGGAUAUCCUCCGAACCAGGGUCAAAACAACUGGCAUUGUAGAAACCCACUUCACAUUCAAAAACCUCCACUUCAGGCUCUUUGAUGUCGGGGGCCAGCGGUCAGAACGCAAGAAGUGGAUUCACUGCUUUGAGGAUGUCACAGCGAUCAUUUUCUGCGUCGCACUGAGUGGCUAUGACCAGGUGCUCCACGAAGAUGAAACCACGAACCGCAUGCACGAAUCACUGAAGCUUUUUGACAGCAUCUGCAACAACAAAUGGUUCACAGAUACGUCUAUAAUCCUCUUUUUAAACAAGAAGGACAUAUUUGAGGAGAAAAUUAAGAAAUCUCCACUGACUAUCUGCUUUCCUGAGUACACAGGCCCCAGCUCUUUCACGGAGGCGGUGGCUUACAUCCAGGCUCAGUACGAGAGCAAGAACAAGUCCGCCAACAAGGAGAUUUACACACACAUCACCUGUGCCACUGACACCAAUAACAUCCAGUUCGUUUUCGACGCCGUCACAGAUGUCAUCAUUGCCAACAACCUGCGGGGUUGCGGACUCUACUAAAGCCCUCUCCUCUCCUUCUCUCCUGCACCCACUGGGAGCAUCCUCUGGUCCCACAGACAGGUCCUCUCUCUUUCUCUUUUUUCCUCCUCAGAAGAUGAUGAGGAAGAAAUACCUAAAUCCCUUCUCUCAUCCCAGAAAACUUUGCAGCAAGUUCUGCAAGUUCCCCAGCCCCAUUUUAUUUUGUUUUGGUUUAUUUUUAGUUCAUUCCCUUGCUGCUCAUUCUAUUCCUCUGUUCCAUUUCACAGCACUGUAGAGGGAGCAAACAAGUUUCCCACAAAGUGCAUUUCAACUGCCAAAAGACAAAAAUAAUUUAGUUUUUAAGAAAAAAAAUCAAAGCCUUAAAAUACUGGUCCGCAACACUGUAGUUUAGAACUGAAACUUUUUAUUUUUUCCUUGAAAUUAAGGGAAUUUUUUUAAUUCUCCUGGUUAUUUAGCUUUUUUUAAAAACACUAUUCCUUUGGGAAGUGCUAGAUUACAGCAAGAUCACUUUGAGGGUACUUUAUGACUCCUGUUCCUACCCCAAAGUUGGAGUGUUGAACGCAGCCACCACAGCUUGGAUUUGUAUAUUCUCCCCUUUCCCAGACAGCUAUUUGAACAAGUUAAACAGCCAUAUCAAGUUCUGCUGGUGUCUAAGACGGACACAGUAACAUAACCUACUAAGCCUUGUCUAAAAGCAUCCGUUACUGGUAACAGUUUUACCUCAAGCCUUUCAAAAUUAAUGUUAAAACGUGCCUAGUGGUCUCAGUAACCCAUUUCUUAGGCGCUUCGCUGGAUGCCACCAAGCCGUGGGGCUGAGCAGGGUGGUGGCGGCUAGUCCUGGACCCCUGGAGCGUGGGCAGCAAGGAUGCCCGGGCAUGGUGUGCUGGUGGGGACCCUGCACGGGGGGGGCAUCCUGACAAGGCUGCCAGCUUGGGUACCCAGCAACCUUUCCCAAAGCACUUCUCAGCCUUGUGAUUUCAGCACAGCUGAUGCUGCUGCAGAUGCACAAUGUCUCUUUGAAAACUGCAGCCCUGAAAUGCUGGGGUGCACCAAAAAUAUUUAUCCCUGAGUUCUUGUAGGCAGAGUUUGACCUUCGAGUAGGUGAGGUGCAGAGAGGUGCUUAGGGAAGGCUCACCAUGACAGCACAAUGCACAGGAGCCUCGUGGCUCUUUCUCACACUUUGGGCAUCUAAAUGAGAAGCCUGACCUUGCACUCUCAUCCUCGGCCGAACAGAAGCAGGUGGCUUAGCUGUGCUCUCUCCUGCCUGGGCAUCCAGGAGAGACAGCUCCACGUUUGGUGUCUCCAGUCAGAGUUUCGCUUUACCAGUAUCUAAAGCAAGAGGGGUGGUUUAUACUGGCCGUGUAGAGGCUAGGGGAGACUCAGGGAGCUGAUUUGAACUAAGUGAUGGAGUAGGAAGGAAAUGUGCAAGGAAGAGAGGAAGGGAGUAAGGAAGGGCAGGGGCAGGGGUGUGGAAAAGGCAAGGUAGCACCCAGCACAGUAAAACAUGGGGACACAGAAGGGUUGACAAACACAGCUGGGCUGGAUUACUUGUGGCCAUCCAUCUGCUGUCAUCCAGAGCUCUGGGUGCUGUUGGGGUGGAGGCAGAGAAGAGUAUGGCAGAUGGGCUGUCACCUCUGGGAGUGUGAAGGGAUCCUUAGAAGUCCACCCUGAAAGGUUGUUUGGUGUCUGGGUGAGAUGGCUACCUCUGAGGUCCCACUAAACAUGGCACGUGGGGGCACAGAAUCACAGAAUCACCAGGUUGGAAAGGACUGGAUCAUCGAGUCCAACCAUUCCUAACACUCCCUAAACCAUGUCCCUCAGCACUUCAUCCACCCUUUCCUUAAACACCUCUAGGGAAGGUGACUCGACCACCUCCCUGGGCAGCUGUUCCAGUGCCCAAUGUCUCUUUCUGUGAAGAAUUUUUUUCUGAUAUCCAACCUGAACCUCCCCUGGCGGAGCUUCAGGCCAUUCCUCCUUGUCCUGUCCCCUGUCACUUGGGAGCAGAGCCCAGCUCCCUCCUCUCCACAACCUCCUUUUAGGUAGUUGUAGAGAGCAAUAAGGUCUCCCCUCAGCCUCCUCUUCUCCAGGCUAAACAACCCCAGCUCUCUCAGCCGCUCCUCGUAAGACUUGUUCUCCAGCCCCUUCACCAGCUUUGUUGCUCUUCUCUGGACACGCUCCAGAGCCUCAACAUCCUUCUUGUGGUGAGGGGUCCAGAACUGAACACAGUAUUCAAGGUGCGGUCUCACCAGUGCCGAGUACAGAGGGAGAAUCACCUCCCUGGACCUGCUGGUGACCCCAUUUCUGAUCCAAGCCAAGAUUCCAUUGGCCUUCUUGGCCACCUGGGCACACUGCUGGCUCAUGUUCAGUCGGCUGUCAACCAGCACCCCCAGGUCCUUCUCUUCCGUGCAGCUCUCCAGCCACUCUUCCCCCAGUCUGUAGCACUGCACAGGGCUGUUGUGCCCCAAGUGCAGGACCCGGCAUUUGGCCUUGUUGAACCUCAGGUAGGCAGGUGAGCAACAUUGAUUCCUGCCUCUUCUCUGCCUUUUUGAAAAGUCCAUGAUCUUGGAAAAUGUGAGGCUUUCCGGGCCAGCCACAAGUUCAGCUGGUCCAAGUUUCCUCCAGUGCUGUGCCCAAGAGGGACAAUAUCUCGUUUCUCACUGUGCCUGUCUAGGAGGAGCAGCAUGAGAGCAGCCCAACGCAGCGCAGCCCAAAGGCAAGGGGGGACAGGGAAAGGAGCAGGCGUGGUGGCGUGGGACAAAGAGGACCAGUGCGGGAGGUUUGGGCAGAGGCCGUUUGGGACAGAAGUUGCAGAAGGGAGAUGAGGCAGGUUGAGACAGCAGGGAGAAUGGGAAGAAGUCAUCUUGGAGGCAAAGGAAAGUUCCCAUCAGAAGUUGUGCUCUGCUGGGACGGUGCUCAUGGGAUGUCCGUGACAAAACCCCAGCCAGGGAUACAAGCGGGAGCACUGCAGGGCAAACAGGGGAGUCCUUCAGAGGAGAAAAAGAAGGCUCCCAGCCAUCUAACCAACUCACAGCUGUGUCAGUAGCCCCUACAUAGCAUUAAAGGAUAAAACUAUUUACUGUUGUACAGUGAGGACCUACUGCUGCUCUGCAAGGUGCUAACAUCAAUAACGCUGUGUCUCUGCCUCAUGCUACUCUGGCCCAAAGGAGUACCCACCUUUCUCUUCACUGUCUUAGCCUUAAAAUACCUCCAGUGGCAUCAGCUCCCACAGAGAGCUGUCUGGCAGCGCAGCCAGGAGCCCCUCCCUUCUCUUCACAUCACACGUUGCUACAUCCCGCCUGUGUGUCCUGCUUCCCUGGGUCCCAGGCCCCUUCCCAUUUAAUGCCAGCACACUCUGCUGUACAACCAUAAACCAAAGGAACACUGACCACAAGACCUGUGCAUUUAGUUGUGUUUGGUUUAGCGUAGGAUUUUCAGAGUCAGUGGGAAGGAGUCUCAAAGAAAGGAUUUUCAGUUGGAAGCACCUGCCCAGUUCUGUGGUUCUUUGGAGGGGACUGGCCAUGUGCCCUGACCCUGAGAAGAUUUAUGUGCCUGUGGAUCUCUGGUCCCUGGAGACUAAAGCAAAGGGAAUGACAGCAAAAUGCAACCAACCUGUUUGUUUUUGCAGGAAGAGGAGUUCAGUGCAUGAAUAGAUGAUGUGAAAAAAUAGAUACGCAGAACUCAGAUGCACCUCUGCCAAUCUGCCCCUUGACCCCAGGCCAGUCUUUCUGCUCGCACACCAUCUGCUGAUCUCAGAGGUCGUUUUACUCCAGGUGAAAGCUGGGCUGCUGCCUGGCAUCAUUCAAUGGGACCAGUCCCUCACUUUGCUUUUCAAGGCAGUGGAUAAUGGCAAGGGGACAGACAGUGUUUCUGCCACAGAGGGGUCAGGGAACUGGCUGGCAGGAUGCACAGGGACAGAACGGCUCCGGGAGCUUGUCCCAUGCAGAUGACCAGGUCCCACUAGUAAUACCUACCGUUCAAAUGUGCGUUGACUGUCAAAUUAAGGGCUGAGAAACUGAAUGUCCAUUACACUUGGUACCUAACAUGUAUGUAACUGCUAGACCUGCAGUGAAAGACCAAAGGUGUGUGCAGUGGUGCUCUCAUGGCUUCCGCUGGCAGCAAGGCAGGUGUUUAUUAGGCUCUUUCAGAAGGGAUAGAUCAGCAGCACUAGGAGUUUGGAGGUUUUCUGUUCCCACCCCAUGCUGUGUGUGUGACAUUUUAUCAGAGCAAAUAAGUAGCAAAAGCUGUUCCCAGUGAAGGUAGCACCAAGCCAAGGCUUCAGGAGUUCUCAGCAUAAAGCGCACAAGAGCAUUUUGGUAAAGACAGUUUGAAUUACCUCAACUCCAAACCCUGUGAAAUGCAGCCAAGUCCCCCGUGCCAGCUGGGAGCAUUUGUGCUGUGCUCUGGGCCGUAUUCAGGGAGCCUGUGCCCGGCUCUGCCAGCUGAGAGGUCCAGACCCCUCCUGCCCCAGCCGCUCCAACUAGUUCCCUGGCACAUUGGUGAUAACCCAUGACUGGUGCUCCAUUGGGAGGAAAGGGAGAAAAGAGGAGGAAAUGUUGACAGAUGGAUCCUUUCCUUUCAUUUUCUUUGGCAUAUUGUGUGUUCAAAGCUUGAUUUCAGCUGACAUUCCCUCCCUCACACGAGCGUCGUGAGGAUUCACUGACAAAAGCUGGAAACAGCAUUUGGAAGAUGAAAUGCUUCCAGCGUUAAACACUACUAUUACUCCCGCUUGAUGGCCACGUAUAAAUUUUUGUCUCCAGUCUGCCUGCCAAAGGAUUACUCACCACUGGCUUUCUGCAUCCUCCCAGGCCUCUUCUGACAGAUGUGCCUUCUGCAGGCAAUUCUUGCCCCGUGCUUUUUCUAAGCACAGGCAAUCCUUGCAGCAGUUACCUAGAAAGAAGACCUUGAAAUACAUCACCUGCUUUCAAAAGCCUUCUUCGUAACAACCCCUUGUGCUCUGCAAUUGCAAUCUGAACUGAGACCCUCUGAGGCCCUGAGCUGGUUUAGGUCACAGUGUCCAUGUAGCAGGGAUGUUGCAACUGGUACAGCUGUGUCAGAAAUCACACUAGGGCACAGGAGACACAUUUUAAAAGCACAGAAUUGGAAUGUAUACACCCUGCUGCCCUUCAAAGCUAAGGUGGGAAUGUGCAGAAUUUGCCCUGGUCACUUGAGAGAUGCAGAGAGGUUUUUGCUGGCUCAGGUCACUUAUCCAGCAGCAGCAUUCAAGGGGUGUUGAGUUGCAAGCAGUGCUAACAACUCGCAAUGAGCCCCAGACAGCAGCCAAAAGAAAGAAAGAAGAAAGCCCCCACCUUGCUCCAUCAGCAAUGAGAAGGUUGGGCGUGUAAGAGCCAUGAGGCAAAAAAAAUGCACGUAGGUCCUUUAAACAACAAUUUCGAUUAAAUGGGGAAACCUGUAGAUGAGGCUGCAGGGAUAAGAUGCAGAGCACCACGCUCCUUGGGAGGAUGUGGUUCCUGGGCUCAUUAGGAGAACCAGCAAUAAAUAUGCACUGGGAAAGCACACAUUAAAAUACAGCCACUUCAAAGGCCAGUUUUUUCUUUAGCAAAUGAGAGGUCAUGCUUGUGCUUGUACAUACCGCCGUCGGAGCCCAGCCAGGCGGCAGGGCAGCAGGACCACUUGGUGAGGCCGCCUGGCCCCUCCGCCUGCCCUCACAGGUCUGUCCCUGCUGCCCCUGCUCUGCCGCAGGGUCCAGCGAGGGGUUGGUCGGCUUCCCACCACCGCCUCCCAGAAAUGCUUCCAAUCUCUCUCAGGAGUUUUGUAUGAGAAUUAGCUUCUUGCUUUCAGCCAGCUUUCCUGGACGGCCAGCCAGCCUGUCCUCCAACGGAGGAGCCAGCCUCCUCAGUAGAUGUGACUUUGUUUUACGGGACACUUAAAGUAUUAACGGGAGCAGUCUAUGCUGUGAUGUACACUAAAACGUAUCUGGUGGUUUUAAUCUAUUGUGGCAUGAGCCCAGUGUUUGCCUGCAAGGGAACAGACUUUGUUCUCAGGCCAGGAAUGCAAGCUCCAAGAGGUCAGGAUGGGACAUAGAUGAUGUUCUUCUGCCAAAACAACCCCCGUGCCCAGUAGCUGCUGCACAGAGCGUUGGGCAGCCCAGCCAUGCGCAGGGGGCAGCUGGGAGCGGCAGACGUCCCCCAUGGGGUUUGUGCAGUACGAGGGACCAGCCCUGCGCCAUAGCCACUGCGGUCUGAGAAUUUUUGCAGCCAAAAAAAAUCUCCUGCUGGAGCCAGGGAGGCAUUUGUUGUGGAGUUCCUGGGAAUAAGGCUGACCAUUUGUCAAUUAGAGAAGCUUAGCUCUAGUGUGUUUGUGUCUUUGAUGUGGGCCAGGUUUGCCUUGAGGCUUACAACCAAAAACUCCGCAACCAUUUCCAAGCAGACUUGCAAACUCAUUAGUGAUCUGAUGCGGGAAGCAUCUGAGUCAGUGGAUUUGGUGCUGCUGAUCAUCAUCCAGAAACGCCAAACCCAUCACACGCUCGCAACCCCAAUGCUCACACAACAAAGCAGGGGCAUGCACCAGGUGGCACAGAAGAGCAGACCGUGGUCUUGCCACUACCUCCCCAGAGGAAAGGGCAGACAGAAUCACUCUCCUGAAGCGCCCCGAGACUUGAGUGUACAUUAUCAUUUCUGCGCUCGUGCAACACCAGAUAAUUGAUGCUGACAGAUAUAGGUAGGUGACCUAUAUAAGACCUUAUGCUGAGAGCGUGGCUGCAGAAAGGAGCUUGCAACAGGACCACUUAUGUCCAAGCCAGCAGCCUGUGAGCUCUUUAAUCAUGCUGCAAUGGCUAGCUAGCAAACACAAGCAAGUACCACCCUGAAAUGCCAAUGUGUUAUUAAGAGCAGGAGUAACAAAAUCUCUGGCUGACACCAUGCAGUGGAAGGAAAGGGGAGGGAGCCAGACUGGGGACAGGGUAAAACCAUCUCCAUUGCCCAAAAAGGGUAUCUCCAUUGUCUGGAGGCACUGGGUGCAGCAAGGAUUGGGGGGGAGGCAGCCCAGUGCUCACUUCCUUGGCCCCUUUCCCACUUAGUGCCUUGGAUAUCAAUGUUGAGACCAAAUCCUAACAGAAGAAGCAGCUCUGAGUCUAAACCCCCAGUCCAGGUAGAGAGAGGAGAUCAUAGCGUGUAACAACACAGUUUUCAGCAUUGCCCGAGUCUCACCAGUUUUUCCAGUGCUGGAGCAACCUGGCAGCAUCGGGCAAGCAAAUAGGUUGUUUGAAGACUGGCUGUUGCCCCAUUAAAUAGCCCAGUUCCUAAUUUAACAUCCUCAGCCCUAUUCCUCCCAGCUCCCUUUUCCCCCUUCAGCUCAACAAGGGAACAGUGACCAUCACCCUGCCUCUGGGCUCCCUAUCGCACUUCCUCCUGAAGGAUCAUUGGAGGCUGCCACGAUUUCCCUUUUGCUGGUUUCCCGCUGAAUCAUUUCUCUUGCAUGUUUGAUGGCCCAAACUGUAUUAACUGUAAUUUUGUAUGAAGAGUGACUGUCCAUUGGUUUAGUAGAGCGUUAGAUAUUGUAAUAAUUUAUUGGCUGUCGGUAAUGUAUUUAUUAGUUACAGAAUGUUAAUAAAGUGCCAGCU